ACGCGGUUGAAGCUGCGGCAAUGCUGCUGUUCUGUCCGAGCUGCGGAAACGGACUAAUUGUGGAGGAGGGACAGCGUUGCCAUCGCUUCGCCUGCAACACUUGCCCCUAUGUGCAUAAUAUCACACGCAAGGUAACAAACAGAAAGUAUCCAAAGCUGAAAGAAGUGGAUGAUGUGCUUGGUGGAGCAGCUGCCUGGGAGAAUGUAGACUCCACUGCAGAACCAUGUCCAAAAUGUGAACAUCCCCGUGCCUACUUCAUGCAGCUUCAGACCCGUUCUGCAGAUGAGCCAAUGACCACCUUCUACAAGUGCUGCAAUGCUCAGUGUGGACAUCGAUGGAGAGACUAAGGGCAGGACUUACCCAGCUUGCAAGCAUAAAUUUUGUGUGUUGAAGGUCUUUGCUGUAUGAUAGGAAGCUAACUCUGUGGUGGAGGACCAGGGUGAAACAGGCCAUCUGUAAGUCAGCAGAUAAAAGUCCUUAAUGUACAGGGACCUCAGGUCCUUGGGAAAUACACAUGAAGAUAUUCACUUGGCUUCAGGUCCUGUUCAUUCUUCCUUUGUGUUUAGUAGGUAGGUGAUAGUUCCUUACUGUCAUUAGUCCUAGAAACUUGAACCUCCUAUUCUUCCUGCUUCUGUCUCAAAAAUGUUAGGAUGAUAGGCAUUUGAACCAUCUUCAUUUUAUACAUUGCAGGGGAUUGAAAUCUGAGCCUCAGGCAUUACUAGACAAGUACUCUGCCAAGUGAGCUAUAUCUCUAGCCAUUUAAUUUUUAAAAUUCUAU